CUCUCGUUAUGAACUGAAAAGCGCAUGUUUACUUUCUUGCUUGGUGCGUUUCAGAUAGAAAAUAACUUAGUUUUCUUCGCAUUUCGAUUCAGUUUACAGUGAUAUCGCACAACAAUAACUGACGCUAAAAAUGUCCGCUAAGGAUGUCGCUCAGGAACAAUCGGAGAGCCUUGCCGCCGACCGGGUGAGGAAUGCUGCUCCAGAGGUACCGAAAGUGAUACUUUCCGCGGAACAGAAAGCUAUUUUCGAUUGCAUCUCAAAGAAUGAAAUCAGUGAGCUUAAGCUGGCGUUGGCUCAGUUCAAACAGAGUGUGGAUUAUGUGGACGAGAACGGAAUGACCCCGUUACAGCAUGCUGCCUACAAGGGUAACAAAGAAGCAGUUCAACUGUUGCUGGAUCAGGGCGCGGAUGUGAAUUCCGGCAAACAUGAGUACAAGUACACAGCACUGCAUUUCGGAGCCCUAUCGGGCAAUGUUGAUGUCUGCCUAAAACUACUAUUGGCGGGAGCUAAUGCACACGCUACCAAUUCCGUUGGAAGGACAGCUGCUCAAAUGGCCGCCUUCGUUGCUAAUCAUCAAGUCGUUGCCACGAUUAAUAAUUUCGUUCCUAUUAAAGAAAUAGAAUGCUACACAAAGCUUCAGGGUUCCCAAACGGAACCAAUGCUUCCGGUGGUGCACCUUGAUGGAUUCCACAAGUUUGUAAUGCAAACCAAUAUUCACCCGGUGCGGAUUGCGUUAAACUUACAAAAGUAUGGUCUGUUUAUCGACGAUUUAAAGCGCAUCAAAAAGGUUUUGGAAGAGAUGGUAGAGCGAGAGAUGAAACGAAGAACCGAGGUCAACGAGGUGAUGGCGUUCAAGUAUCACUAUUUGGGAUAUUUUGUGAACGAGAUUGGAAAGUGUCGUGACUACUUUUUAGCACGGAAAGACGGCAAUAGUACCAAGGAUCAAAAAAGCGAUUUUGUUGAACUUUUUGCCAGGAGAGUUCUGAAGCCGGGGAAAGACGGUUCUCUGGAGUAUAUCGAAGCCACGAUUCGCGAGUGCGUACGAGAGUUUCCCUUUCGAGAAUGUACAGUGUUUCGACAGGUUGUUACUCAACUGGCCAGCAAGGAGAAUGUAGCCAGCGCAUUGGAAGUGAUCAAAUCGGCCAUCAAUGGACAGCGUGGAUUCGUGGAUACUAUUUCCUACUGUAGUUCAUGCGGGGAAGAAAAGCCAGACAAAAAGUGUUCCAAAUGCAAAGAGGUGCAGUAUUGUGAUCGAGAGUGCCAACGAUUACACUGGUUCAUGCACAAGAAGGUUUGCGCUCGACCUUCGUCUACGGCCACUUCUAGUGGAAUCAAAGAUGCCAAAAAAGACAUCGAUUCCGCGGAAAUAAGUCAACAGUUGAAAAAUCUGGUAUCGAGCUAAGUGGGGUAGCGAGUAUAGACAAAGAUACUAGAUUUACCCAGAAAAAUACAUUAAUCUUAUGCUAAGAGGAGAGAACAGAAACAUAAUGUACUAAUCAAGUGACAGUAAAACUUUCUGUGUUUUGUAGCAUUCAUGUCAUUUGCUAUCUUUUAGAUGUCAAUAAAUCUAAUGACUUAAACAA